UCCAGCCUCAAAUGCAGGCAGUAAUGGAAGAUGUGAAGACCCUUUUUUUAAAUUUACUAUUCCAUUGUUCUCAUCAUUUUAUAAAAUAAGAAAAACAUGUUAUCUCCCAAAAAAGAAGGUUAUCUUUAAUUAAAUGAGAAUCAUUUAACUUGAGUAAGUUCAGGUUAAUGAAACACCAUAUAUUAUUGUUUUCUCAUGCUGCAUUGCAGUAAUAGAAACCUUACCACUGAUUGGCAGUACUUCUCAGACUUGUUUCUUGAGAACUACUGUUACCAGACUGCUUCUAUACAAUGCUUUUCUGUCCAAUGAGAAAGAUGCAUUAGUCUUCCAAAUAUGAAAUCUCAACAAUCUUCAAGAAAUAGUUUGAGGAGAUGGUUAAAACAAACUGCUUUCUGCUUUUUUGUGUACAUGUGUGUGUGUAUAGGGCCAAUAAGCUGGCAGCAUCCGAAUGGAAUAUUCAUGCUAUCCACUCCCCUUAUUUGAAAACCCAAAACAUAAAACGAGACAAGAAGCAGAGUAUGGAUAUGCCAAUAGAUUAUGAGAGACCACUUUCUUCCAGUUUGAAUGAAAUUGCUAACAUUAAAUUUAAUACUGGGUUUCCACUUUACUUCCAGCAAUUUUGUUCCAUGUUUAUAAAAAGGGCACUAUUCAGUUUGCGGAACUGGAAGUUGAUGUUGCUACAGAUAAUAGUAAUUUCAGUUGUCACUACGUAUCUCUUAAUAAGUCUGGAUUUAGGUCAUGGUGAUGUACCUGCCAGGAAAAUGGAUUUGAGUCAAUAUGGUCAAACCACUGUGCCUUACUCAAUUUCAGGAAAUUCUGAUUUGGCUAUGAAACUCAUAAAGAACCUUGAGAUUUUUCUAAAGUCUAAGAAUCAAGAACUACGGGAAAUACCAGGUAAUGUAAAUAAUUACUUAAUGCAAAGUAAAGAGUGUCAUGACUUCUGCAUUAUUGCAUUCUCCAUUAAGGUUGAGGAAGAUAAAACAGUACUUACUAUUUUGUUCAAUAAUGAAGCAUACCAUUCAGCUGCAACAUCCCUGGCAGUGUUAGACAACAUACUUUUUAUGUCACUUUCUGGCUUAAAUGCCUCCAUUACAGUCUCCAACAAGCCUCAGCCUCUCCCCAUCUAUGGUUCUACAUGGUGUU